AUGGCAGGUUCAAAUCCGGAAAGAAGCGAGAAGAACUUUUUUGAGGAAGAUUUAUACGAGGAGGAUGUAAUUCUCACAUUGGUUCCAGUUGAUGACAAACCUAAUGAAGAAGAUCAGGUGUUUCCUAAUGAAGAACAAAGUGUUUCUUCAACUGCAGAAGAAAAUCCUAGAAAACCCAGGAAAGCUUCCCCCAUCCUCCCCCUGCCGACCAUUUUGCCUCCAGUUGAUCAAGUGCAUCGGGACACUUUGCGGAACUGGUGCCAUCAGCUUGGUAUAAGUACUGAUGGCCAGAAAAUGGAAGUGUAUGAGAGGAUCCUAAAGCGUGCUUAUUGUGGAAGUAACCAGACUAUUCCUAAAACACCACAGGAGGCCAGAUUGCAGUCACGUUCAAGAAAAUGCAAGGCGGACUCCAAGAAAGCAGGGCUGCGUAAAAGCCAGAAGAUGAGCGAGAACGAGACGGAGAUGAAUAUAGUGGAAGUGGUAACUUCAGCUCAGGAAGCCAUACUGGCAGCAUGGGCAAGAAUUGCUGCAAGAAGCGUUCAGCCUAAAGCUGCAAAUUCACAGCGAAUUCCUCCUUCUGUUGAGACUUUUCUGCCUCAAGCCUCUGGACUCAGGUGGUGUGUGGUCCAUGGCAGACCUCUCUCAGCAGAGACAGAGGGUUGGGUGCGCCUCCAGUUCCAUGGAGGUCAGACCUGGGUACCUGCCACUUCCAGAAGGAUGAUUUCUCUCUUCCUGUUACCAGCCUGUACUUUCUCGUCCCCAGACCUAGAAGAUAACAUGUUAUGCCCAGAAUGUGCUGCAAGGAAUAAGAAGCUGAUGAGAAAAUUAAUGGCACCCGGAAAGAAGAAAUGUUCUUUGAAGGCAGCAACGUCAUUCCUUUUGGGCAAUGAAUAA